CACAAAUCUCAGAGCAGGCCUAUUCCCCCAAAUUCUCUUCCUCUCCGCCUCGGCGGCGAACCGGCGAGGUAUCGCAAGUUUCUCGCGCUCGGAAUCGCAUGUAGCGCGAGCUUCUCGUACUCGGUAUCUCGAGCGGCGGCGAUUCGCAGGUUUCGCUCUCGCUCUCGCUCUCCCCGGAAUCCCCAAUUUUGCAGGGUCCGAGGCUUGGAGCCGCUGCUCCACUCCGCUCCCAUGAGCGAUCUCCGCCGAGGGUUAGACAUGCGGCGAGAGCUGCCGUCGGCGGAGGUGGUGGGGCGGCUCAAGGACGAUGGAGACUUCGACGGCCUCCGCCGCGCCAUCAUCCGCAAGGUCAAGGACAACGAGGUGCUACGCAGAAAUAUAAUUGCUGAGGUGAAGCAGUCAGUGGUAAUAAAUGAAGAUGGCUCUGAAAAAUUAAAACUAAAAGAUCUUUCUGAUGCGAUUUACCAAGAUAUUGGGAGCAAAAUAAUGGGUCAAAUCUCAGACGAGAUAUGGGCUGUCAUCCAAUCAAAUGAAACUGAUAUCCGAGGAACUGUUGAAGCAGUCUACAAUAGGAUGAUGAACCCUGAGCAGCAGCAGGGCUCUCCAAAGAAGCCGAAGAGGAAUCCCAAAGAGGAACAAGUUUCCCCAGCAAAAGCAUCAACUUCUGUUGCAGUCCAUCUAGAAGACGAUGAUCCAGAGGAACCACCGGGAUUUGGUUUCAGUGACCAUCAGCGCAGCAACAUCAUGGCAACACAGCAGCAGCAGCAGCCACCAAAUAUGGAGAAUCAUAACCAAGUGAAACCAAAUGAAGGUGAGCCCAAUGCCGUUAGCUGCCCUGGGGACGAUGAAGAGGAUCCUGAUGUGCCUCCUGGGUUUGGUUAACAUCAUGCAAUCUUCCAUUAUGAUGUUAUAUUUCUUAUUAACACUAGAAAAAUGAUUUAGUUUACAUCUACUGCUCGAGAGGUGCAUUUUUUUCAUUUGAAUUUUGAACCAUGAAAAUCGAUAUCAUGGGUAUGAGUUCAUGUUGCCCCU